AUGGAGAACUUCUCUUCACCAAGUUUCAUAAAUUUGCUCAACUCCUCUAACACUAGUUCUGAUCCAAAUGAUCCAAACCUGCAACACCAGCGCAAUUUCCAUCCACACCACUAUUCCAUGAACUAUCCACCCCAACAGAUGCCCCCAAAUUUCCCUGGUUACCCACACAAUUUCAAUCCCUUUGGAGGCCAAUCAAGCUAUCAACACUGCUCUUCAACACCAGCAAGCUAUAAUGGAGGUCCCAAUAUGGGAAACUACCCACAAGAAGUGCUUGGUGGCUUUGCAACCAAUGGUCCAUCAUCUGCAAUUGGAUCGAUGGCUUUCUUUGGAGCUAGUGGAGGUAGCAGUUCACGAGCUAAUGAGAGCAGCAUGAUUGCUUCAGCUUCUCUAGUGUCCGGAGCGCAGCUUGGAAGUCCUGUAAUUCAGAUUGCAGGGGAGAGUGAGAGCAGCUCAGAUGAUAAUGAAAAGAAAGCAGGGUGUCAACUUUGGACUGAAGAGCAGAACCUACGACUAGUAAGUUCUUGGUUAAAAAAUUCAAAUGAUCCAGUUCAGGGCAAUUCAAAGAAGUAUGAGUGGUAUUGGAAGGAAGUUGCAGAUGAAUACAACAAGCAUGCACCCAAAGAGCAAAGAAGAACAACAACACAAUGCAAAAAUCAUUGGACCAAGACUAUCCCUUUGGUUAAUAAGUUUAAUGGAAUCUACAAUGAGAUGAAGAGCACAUAUGCUAGCGGCCAAUCUGAAGAUCAGCUCAUGAAGAAAGUUCGUGCAAAGUACAUGUCAGUUGCGAAAAAGAAAAUGCCAUUUCCCUUUGAACAUUGGUGGAGACAGGUGAAGGACCAACCUAAAUGGGGUACAGCUUACCCACUUGAAGAAAUGCACAAGAGAGCUAGGCUGAAUGGAUCAGGAGAUUACACUUCUUCAACUCAAGACACUAAUACUCCUAGACCACAGGGGCAGAAGUUAGCGAAAGCCAAAAGGAAGGGCAAAGGGAAAGGGAAGUCACAAUGUUCAGAAGGCAGCAGCUUUACAGAUGAAAAUUUGCAGCUAUUCAAUGAACUUCAACUACGGAAGUCGAUUGUUGCAGAAAAAAUGGCUGAUGCCACACUUGUUCAAGCUGAAGCUGCAAAAGCUCAAGCUGAAGCUGACAAAGAAAUGGCUACAACUGAGAAGGAGAAGGCAAAGAAUGAAAAACUGGAAAAGUACCUACGGCUACUUGACAAAGAUAGUUCAGAUUUUGAUGAGAUUGCCUAG